AUGUGUCCAAUGAUGCUCAAUCGCCUUUCAGACGGUCCGGCAACGGUCCUCUCCCCCCAGGAACACGCCUUUGCUCAGUUCCCGUCGCAGUCCUCUUUCCUCGGCUCAGGAAGCUUCAACGGCUAUCCCACGAACACCGGCCCGACGAUAUCCAACGGCUUCUCCUCACAAGCUGCUCCCUCAAGCUUUGAUGCGUCUGCCCCCGUGGCACCAAAGCCCUCGCGCAAGAGGUCGCGUGAUGAGGCCACUUUCGAAGAGGCCACUGCUCCGAGUGUUACUCCAGCGCCCACGCCCGUACCUGCACCCAAGGUAGAACCAAUCUACGGAGAAGGCAUGGUCCUCAUAAACCCUCAAACCGGCCUCACAUUAUCAGCCGAAAGUCAAACAGGCACAUGGUACGAGCAGGAAGCCGAGACACAGCAGGCGGCCGCUGCCCCCAUCUCGUCGCGCUCAAACGCGUUGCACUCCGAUGCUGCAGACAUCAGUCGCAAGGCGCAGCGCCUUGAUCAAUCUGCUCCGGGCUUGGAUGAUAUUGCAAUGUCGUCAAUCCGCCAACGGCUGAAUGACCCCAGCACCGAUGACCAGCACCGCACUCUUCAUGCGGGCCCUGCUCCUCCUUCCGAGCCUCUCGUUGAUGAUGCCACUCGGCUCCUUGGUAUCGGCUGGCAACGCGUGAACGCUGAGGGUGACAUGGCUCCGGCUGUCCGCGGAUGGACAAAGUACAUCGACAACCAAUAUUCAUCUCAUCUGCACAGCUCACAGAUGCUGAUCAAAAGUCGUGCUUUGAACGCCUACCUUGUGGCCGCAGUGCCCACUUCUGGAUUCUCGCCUGCCUACUACCUGUUCACUGAAGACCUCACACAAGGUCAGCUUGUUUCCUCUAGCUGGGAAGUCUGCCUCCAGAACCUGCGCAGCACCCCGAUAAUUUUCGAGGGCGCUGUCCCCCUCGCAGCGAACGACCGACCCGAUGCGCAACCGACAUCCUUCAACAAAAUCGACACCGGAGUGCCUCUUCUUCAACAGGCCUUGUCCAGCCACCCACAACCGACCCUCGACGGACUGAGCGGAGGCGUGGAAAUGGGAAUGGAGAUCGACUCGUGA